AUAAAUAGCCAAGCAAUCACAGAGGAGGCAGGAAAAAUAACAAAGUUAGCGGAACGCUGGAGAAAGAGGGAAGAGCUAUGAAAAAGAGAUAGAGAAGGUGAAAUCAAAGGACUACAGAGGAGAGGCAGAGCUAACAAAGACAGAGAAGGUAUAAAAAUGUGAGAGAGUGUAGAUCAGUGAGAUUUCCAUAGAGAACAGGAAGAGAGAAGAGAGGACAGAAAGGAAGGACAUGGGCAGAGAGAGGGGGGUGAGCAGCCAGAAGCAGCAGCACAGAGAAAAUCCAUCAGUCAGGCCAAAAGCAUCAACCUGGGCAGCCAUGCUCUGAGAGGCCUGGUGCAACGGGUCUACACAGGCAACACACGGCAGGGCACAGGCCUUGCCAACGGCCCACUAGCCCACAGGCCCACAGCCACUGAGCACAGUGGGGGAGGAGAGGGAGAGAAGACACCCAGUGCCACACUGUCAGCUGCUGUAGUCAUGACGACUGCACGGAAGGGGAGCGUGGAGAUGCCUGCAUUUGUCCGGCGGCUGGUGAAGGAGACAGAGAAGAGGGUCAGCUCUUUCUUUAAAGGAGGGGGGCGUGGAGGGGCAGAGCACACAGACGGGGAAAGGGAGGAGGUGAUCCCCAGCCCCUACCUGGACCGUCCUGUCCUGGACAAGCUAACUGAGGAGGGUUACUCCCGCUGGGGCCUGACCUACGCCCUGUGCAGCAUGCAGGGCUGGAGGGCAAACAUGGAGGACUACCACAACUGUGUGCCUCAGCUGGGCGCAGGGCUGGCAGACUGGAGCUUCUUUGCUGUGUUUGACGGGCACGCGGGAAACCAAGUGGCACAGUACGUCUCGCAACACCUGCUGGAUCAGGUCCUAGCUACAGGAGGGAUUGGGCCAGAGGACCACCCUGAUCGGGUGAGAGGGAGCUUCACAGAUGGCUUCCUACACACGGACAAACACCUGCUGACUGCAGCCCGCCGCGAGGGCUGGGAGCGGGGUGGCACCACCGUGACCUCCACUCUCAUCUCACCACGAUACAUCUACUUCGCCAACUGUGGAGACUCGCGUGCCAUGCUGUGCCAGGCAGGGCAGGUGUGCUUCUCCACUGAGGACCACAAGCCCUACAACCCUCUGGAGAGGGAGCGCAUCGAGAGCGCCGGCGGCUCCGUGUCCCUGCAGCGCAUCAACGGCUCCUUGGCCGUGUCCCGCGCCCUGGGGGACUUCAGCUACAAGGGGACAGAGAACCGGCCGCCCACCCAGCAGAUGGUGUCUCCGGAGCCAGAGGUGUAUGUGAUGGAGCGGUCACCCGGGGAUGAGUUCCUGGUGCUGGCCUGUGACGGGGUGUGGGACACGGUCUCCAACGAGGAGCUAUGCGCCUUCAUCCACAGUCGGCUGCACGUCUGCACUGACCUCGGAGAUGUCUGCUCCCAGGUCAUUGACCUCUGCCUCUACAAGGGCAGUCUGGACAAUAUCAGCAUCAUCUUGGUCUGCUUCCCUGGUGCCCCCCAGCUCUCAGCAGAAGCACUACACCAGGAGGCAGAGCUGGAAGACCUGCUGGAGUCCAAAGUGGCAGAGAUUUAUGAGGAGCUGAGUAUCCAGGGGGAGGAGCCUGACCUGCUGUCUGUCCUCACUGUUCUGGCAAACACUGACGUCCCAGGCUUACCACCUGGAGGUGGUCUGCAGAGCAAAAGGAACUGUAUCAUCUCCGCCUAUUACGAAAAGAAAGAGGAACACAAUCCUACUACACCUAAUGGGCUUGGUGGUUCUGAGAAGCUUGUCUAGGCUCUGUCGUUUGGGAAACGUCUCUGGAAGAGAACCAAUGC